AUGAUCGCCACCCGCAGCUCCGCGCUGCUUCCUUUCAGGCCUUUCCAACAUGGGCCUCGACUAAAUCAGCUCGAUCAGCAUAUCCUCCUCUCUUUGUACAACUCUUCCCCCCGACAUUCGCGGAUACAGCAGAGAGGUCUUCAUGCUGCGCCAUCGUACGAACGGCUCCACUGCCGGACCACGAUCUUGCGCAACGUCUCGAUACCAGCGUCACUCCGGCCAUACACAGACCCUUCCCUGCGGUCUGGCAUAGCUGUACAUGCGAAGCAUUUCUCAAGCUGUCGUGCCCUCCACGAAUACCCCACGCCGGUCAUCAAAGAUCAAGUCCGGUCAAAAAAGAACGAUGACGCUGAUGAAGAGGAAGCUUUCCAAAAAAGUGAGAAAGCGACACAGGCCUCCCACGUCAAUCUUAGCGCCAGAUUGUCCAAGGAAGGCAUUGCGGGCAAGAGUGCAGGUUUCAAGGAAGUGUGGCGACUGAUUAAAAUCGCCCGACCAGAAGCCAAAGUGCUGGUAUGGGCGUUUCUGUUCCUCCUGAUCUCCUCCUCAAUUAGCAUGUCUAUACCUUUCUCGAUCGGCAAGAUUCUAGAUAUUGCUACUAAAGGAGGGGCGAAGACGGAAGGCCCCGAGGCGGAAGAGAAGACAGACAUGUUGUUUGGUCUCAGCUUGACUACCUUCUACGCCGCGCUGGCCGCUGUCCUUGCAACCGGCGCCGCAGCCAAUUAUGGACGAAUCAUCAUCCUCAGGAUUGUGGGGGAACGAAUUGUUGCGAGACUCAGGUCGAAGCUCUUUCGGCAGACUUACGUUCAAAAUGCAGAGUUCUUCGACGCAAACCGAGUGGGUGAUUUGAUCUCGAGGCUCAGCUCUGACACCAUCAUUGUCGGCAAAUCCAUCACGCAAAACCUUUCUGACGGACUGCGCUCUUUCGUCAGCGGGGCUGCAGGAUUCGGUUUGAUGGCUUGGGUCUCUCUCAAGUUGACAGGCAUCUUAUUGUUGCUGUUCCCGCCCGUCGCUCUUGGUGCCUUCUUUUAUGGACGAGCGAUUCGAAACCUCAGUCGAAAGAUUCAGAAGAAUCUGGGAACACUGACGAAGAUUGCGGAGGAAAGACUUGGAAAUGUUCGGACCUCGCAAGCAUUUGCCGGAGAAAUCCUUGAGGUCCAUCGAUACAAUACCCAAGUGCGCAAAAUCUUCGAGCUCGGUAAGAAAGAAUCGCUGAUCAGCGCGACAUUCUUCUCAACGACAGGGCUCAUGGGUAAUAUGACCAUCUUGACGCUUCUGUACGCCGGUGGGAGUAUGGUGUCAAACGGGACCAUCACCAUUGGCGAACUCACCACCUUCCUUAUGUAUACCGCAUAUGCGGGAUCUUCACUCUUUGGACUGUCGUCAUUCUACUCGGAACUCAUGAAAGGUGUGGGUGCGGCAUCCAGACUGUUCGAAUUACAGGACCGGGAACCCACCAUAUCUCCCACAAAGGGUGAAAAGGUUGUGUCAGCCCGAGGUCCCAUUCGAUUUGAGAACGUCUCCUUUAGCUACCCUACAAGACCCGCGGUGAAUAUCUUCCAGAACCUUGACUUUGAGAUUCCUCAAGGCUCCAAUGUCGCCAUUGUUGGGCCGUCAGGCGGAGGGAAAAGCACCAUUGCCUCCCUGAUUUUGAGGUUCUACACCCCAACCGACGGCCGAAUCUUGAUUGGUGGAAAGGACAUUUCCACCCUGAACAUCAAAUCUCUGCGCCGGAAAAUUGGCGUUGUUUCGCAGGAGCCGGUCUUGUUUUCUGGGACCAUCGCCGAGAACAUUGCCUAUGGCAGACCACAUGCCACGAGGGCCGAAAUCCUGCGGGCGGCAAGACGCGCCAAUUGCCAAUUCAUCAGCGAUUUCCCCGAUGGUCUCGACACCUACGUUGGCGCGCGUGGUACACAGCUGUCCGGUGGCCAGAAGCAGAGAAUUGCUAUUGCUCGAGCUCUGGUCAAAGAACCGGACAUUUUGAUUUUGGAUGAAGCCACCUCGGCCCUGGACGCCGAAUCCGAAACCCUCGUCAAUGAGGCUCUAGCUUCAUUGUUGAGGGGUAGUAAUACUACCAUCUCCAUCGCCCACCGUCUCUCCACAAUUAAACGAUCCGACACCAUCAUCUGCUUGAGUAGCGAUGGCCAUGUGGCUGAAAUGGGCUCGUUCAAAGACCUCAGCAGUCGACCAGAUGGUGCCUUUACUAAACUCAUGGAGUGGCAAAUGAGCGGCGGUGAAGCGCCGCGAAAUCACCUCAGCGACGGGCCACCGAAUGAGAGGGACGAGAUCGAGGUGGAUUUGGAAGCAGUAGACGAAGUCGACAGCGACGCUGACGACGAAAUUGAGGGCAGCCAGGCGCAAAAAGUGGUGAGCGAAGCCAUCGAACAGAAGAAGAAAUGA